AUGCCUCAGCCUAACAAAAGAAAAGCCACAUUGAAAAACACAAACUGGAAUAAGAAAGGAAAAUUUGGUACAGGAUUUGAUGAUACAGAAGUAGUUAUGUUAGGAGAACAAUUAAAAAUGGAGUUAGAUGAUACUUUUAGUGAAAAGUAUUGGGAAAAUAAUAAGGUGAAUGAUUGGAAAAAUGAUAUCGAUUUGGAGGAAGAAUAA